AACCUAGUCAGCCAAUGUCCGAGCUGCGGCAUUAUCUCCCAAUCCCAGAGUCGAAUCCAGCACGUCCAUUACAGCUAACACUGGCUGAGGGAGGCUGGAGACCUGCCAAUGGAUGGACACGGGGGUGUCAUGUCAGCCAGUCUGUGCGGAUGCCACCUACCAUGGGCGACCAUUCACAAUGGGGCCUGGACUCGGUCUUAGGCAGCACCGCCCCACCGAGGGGACGCUUUGGGGGAAGCGGGGGGAGCGCCACAACCAACCGGCGACACGACCGCGAUGGGCAAACCGUGGCCUUUCAGCUCGCUGCGUGCAUUAUUGUGUGCAAAUCCUUACACAUUCCAGCACAUAUACAAUUAUUGAACAGCUCCAUCAGCGAAGCAACGGCGUGGGCGUUUCGGCUUCGCGUCUAGCUUGAAGCUCUGCCAAAUCCUCAUAUUGCGCAAUAAUUAUAACACUACUGGCGCCUCUUAGAACUGCAAACCUAGGCCCAUUGCAAAGUCGCGUCGAGGGCCCAGAACGUUGACUAGGCGAGCGCGACUUUCUCAGGCCUGCCAGGUGAGCCGGCUAGUACUACUGCAUAAUCUUGACUCAUUUAGACCCAGAUUACAAGACGCGGUCGCCUCAGCUACCGGUUCUGCUUGGCUUCCCGGGCUUGCAUCGCCAUAGCAAAGCGCGUGUGUAUCGCCGCACCUCUCAGAGCUUGAUUAAUGUCCGUAAUGCUCGCAGUUGAAGAGACCGCGCUCGCGGACGUCGCGGAGCAGGGGCAAGUGGCGGAGGUCAUAGAGGAAGUGCUCGCGGCCUGCGAGCAAAGCGAAGGCGAGCCGCCCGGCGCUACAGCUGAAGUGGCAGAAGGCGACGUCGAGCUGAAGGUGGAGGAGGAGGCGGAGGAGGCUGCAGCGCCCGCUGCUCCGGCGACCCCCGCGGAGGCCGACGCUACGGCCGACAGCGCCGCCGCUGCGGCCGCCCGGCGAAAGAAGCCACACGUGCCCUACUCCCAGCGCGAGAUCUUUGAGAAGAAGCCGCAGGCGCCUGCGCUGCCGGCCCGCCCCGCCACCAGCAGCAGCAAUAGCACCGGCGCAGGCGCGCGGCGCGGCAGCGGCACCAACAGCGGCGCCACGGGUGGCGCCGCCACCCGCGCCUCCGGCAUUCCUAACCGCACCUCUGCGCCGCUGUCUGCGUCCGCUGCCUCCGCCAAGGCCGCCGGUCCCGCUGGCAGGGCCCGCGCCGGCAGCGCCAGCACCUCGGCGUCCGGCGAGGCUGCCGCCGCCGCCGCCACAGCAACAGUAGCGGGGGGCUCGCCGCCUUUGUCCGCUGGCAAGGCUACAGCCGGCGGCGGUGCCGGCGGUGGCGGGUUCCGUAGCACCAGCAUGCCGCACGGCACCAAGCAGCAGCAGCAGAAGCAGAACAACAGCAGCAACGCCGGUAGCAGCAAUGGCGCAGCGGACGCCAAAACACUUCGCACAGCUGCCAGCGGCCGCGACGCUAUCCGGCUCGCACGGGAGCACGGCGGAGGUGGUGGCGGCAGCAUUCCGCACCAACCCAAGUCCUCGCCGUCGCCGCCGCCGGCGCAGCAGCAGCCAUCCCCCGACGCCGGUGGUGCUGCUGCCACGGCCGCCACCACCAAGCCCGGCGCCGUCGGCCGCAGCCCCAGCCAGCGCACCUCGGCCGGUUCCAAGGGCGCAGCUACUGCCGCUGCUACUGCCGCAGCUACUGCCGCUGCUACUGCCGCUGCUACUGCCGCUGCUGCGGAGGCCACGCCCAUCAAGGCGCCCAGCGGCCGCGGUCUGGGCAAGUCCAGCAGUGCACGCCUGAGCCCCGGCGCCGGCGCCGACGCUGCUGCUACAGGUGCUGCUGCAGCAGGUGCUGCUACAGCCAAGACACCAGAGAAGGCUUCCAGCGGCGUGUCCCGCGCCUCGCCCGGCGUCGGCCUCACCAAGAGCACGAGCGCCCGCGCCGCGGCUGUUGCUACAGCCGCUGCUACUGCCGCUGCGGGCGGCGCGGACGUGCCGCCUCGCCGCGUGAGCCGUGUGAGCAGCAGCAGCGGCGCCAAGCCCCCGGCGCCCGCUGGCGGCAGUAGCAAGAAGCUGACCGGGGCCGGCGGCAGUAGCAAGAAGCUGAGCGGCACCAGCGCCAAGGCCGGCGGCGGCACCCCCACCAAAUCCGCCUCCUCCGUCUCCGCCUCUGGCGCCGCUGCUGCAGCCAGGGCCGCUGCUGCAGCCGGGGCCACAGCAGCAGCAGCGGUGGUGGGCGGUGGGGGCGCGGGCGGGGCGGGUGCGGCCCAGGCUCUGGCCGUGCCUGCAGCGGUGGUGGCCGCCAUGUCGGGCGUGCCGGCUCACGACAGCGCCAGCGGCUCCCUGGACGAUGCCACCACCCCGCGCGACCGCGGCUCAGCCGAGGCCUCCCGCGGCGUGGCCGCCGCCACGGGCGCUGCUACUGCUGCUGCUGCUGCUGCUACCGCUGCUGGUGCUGGCUCCAACGUGGCGGUGCUGGACCCCACCGACUCCUUGUCCGCCUCCAGCGCCGCCACCGCCACCGGCACCAGCGCCAACGCCAGCCGCGACCUCAAAUCUACUGCUACCGCCGCCGCCACCGCCGCCGCCGCUGGCGGCGGCGGCAAGCCGGCGGCGGGCUCCGCGCCCAUUCCUGUACCAGGCGGCGGCGCCGCCGGGACUGCGGCGGGCGGCGGCGGCGCCGGUCCGCACCUGGGCAGCAGCAGCGCAGGCAGCAGCAGGCUGGGCGGCUCGUUGUCGUCGCCCAAGAGCGCCAACGACGCGGCCGCCAAGAUGCUUCGCGUGGAGACGCGCGUGCGGCAGGGCUCGCGCGGCAGCGGCGACCUGGUCUCGAGUAGCUGGCAGGCGCGCGCCUCGCCCAGUGGUGGUAAUAAUGGCGGUGGUAAUGGCGGUGCUGGUGGUGGUGCUGGUGGUGGUGCUGGUUCUGGUAAGGCGUUGGCGUCGGGGGCGGGAGGCGAGGGCGGGGUGGAGAAGGAGCCGACGGGCGCGGGCUGCCGCUGUGCCAUCAUGUGAGAGGCUGCUGGUGGUGGUGAUGCUGCUGCUUUCAGUUGCGGUUGCAACUGUAGUGGAGGGAGGGUGGUGGCGGGGGUGGCGGCGUAGGGUCCCGGUUCUGGAGGGGGAGGGCCACGCACACUGACGCAGGCACGCACACGGCGCAGAUGGUGUGGAGCAUUGGAUGGGAUGGGCGCGAAGGUUAGGGUGUGAAGGUUAACUAAAUAUAACCCGGCGAGUAUAUAAAGGUUAAACGUGAGUUGAGCACAAGUAAAUGAUCCUGAUGAAGACCGGUUUCGUGCGUUUGAAUGGGCAGAUUGACACGACUGCAUCUGGUCCUGCGGUGAUAAUGACUGGCGAUGUUGAUUAUUUUAGUGAUAUUCCGGCUGCUAAUGGGAGUCGUGCGAGCGUGCGCUUGACACACGGCUGCGGGUUUUGUGUGUGUGUGUGUAUGUGGGUGGAAUGUGGGUUUGUGUCGGACCGGCAAGACAGACGGGUGGCUCUGCUUGGGCUCUCCUCUAUCUUGUGUGUGCUGUGCUGUAUGUUAUGUGCAUGAUACGGUAUGCCUCUUGUUUUCACGUCUUUGUACAGGCCCACGCGAGUGGUACCCGGUACGUUAGUAUUGAGUAAGGCCUAUUGACCGCAAAUAGACGGUGGGUGAGCGGGUCACAAUCAGCCGGAGCGAGGGAGCCUGCGCUGCGACGCACUGCUGCAUGCGUGAACAUUAGGUUUGGCGAGGUCGGAAAAUAAUGAUUUGGGGCCGUGCGCUGUGGCUAUUGCGGGGGGCUCGAGAUAAGGCGCAGAGUGGUGUGUAACGGAGAGGGAGGGAAGGGGCACCGCAGGGAUCAGAUCGCACCCACCCGUAGGGCACGCUUGGGUUUGGAGAUUGCGUCCGGGGUGGGCAUGACGGAAUGUGUCUCCAUUAUGACGAUUAUGUGCGGGCUUUCGGGGGCAGCUGCUGCUAAGCAGGAGGGUUCAUGUGGUUGGUGCAGCGCCAGAGUCGGCCAGUGUGAAUGCCCAGAACGUUGACACGUAGCUUGCGCACGACCAGUUACCGUGAGAUGCAGCCGGCUUGUCAAGGAGUAACAUCUCUGGCAUCACUGUGCUUGUGGUUCUUGGAAGUCUGGGGUAUGAACCGGGGGCGCGGAACGGAUGGCGUGACGUGUGCUGAUGCGGAGCUACGGCGUUGUAAGUUGUUGCAAUCACAGCGGCUGCCCGCGCCCCAACCCCUGCUCCCGCGUGCCACGCCAGUUAUCACAUCGCUGUUGUUUCAUGGCGGGCGUAAUAUAAGAGCACCACUCGAAUUCCUGGGCGCGAUCUGGUCCGUCAACGCGAGCUAGAGGGAAAGCACUCGCGAAAACCUUGACUGAUCAAUGGGGCAGUGCGCGCCCACACCCGGUAGUUGACCAAUUGCUGCACAAAUCUUGUAAUCGCUUUUAUCU